GGGAAAAAGGAGCCUCCAUCGUCGUGUUGCUGCUUCCCCACACCACCGACUUGGAGCCGAACCCGAACCCGAACCCGUCCAGCAUGUCUUCCGUCCAGCACCUGAGGGAGUUCAUCAGCGAGCGGCUGACCGCUGCUGCGGAGGAGAUCUUCGGGGUGUUCCACAGAACCAUCGCCCAGUACGAGGAGGAGAUGGACCGCCAGCGCAGGCUGCUGGACGCCGCCUGGAGACCCGAGAUCCAGCUGGACCGGACAGUGCUUCCUCUGCAUUUUCUCUGUAACACAGAGAAGGUUCCUGCAGACCUGCAGACCAGAACCCAGGAGAAAAGUUCUAAUGUGGACCCAAAGGAACCAGAAGGUACAGAGACUGAACCAGACGUUCCACAGGUUGAACCAGACGUUCCACAGGCUGAACCAGACGUUCCACGGGUUAAAAGGGAAGACAAGGAGCUCCCCAUCAGUCUGGAGGAAGGGCUCCUGGUUCUGAAGCAGGAAGCUAACUCCCCGCCAAGGAGUUCCUCUCGUGAAGGAAGUUUGAAGGUUGAACCAGAACCGGACCAGGACCAGCUGCUGCCUGAGAGGGAAGCUGAAGCUGCAGGCCAGGAUCAGGAUGGAAGCUGCUCUGAAGAGCGUGGAUCACCUGGAAGUGCCGCGCUGCAGCAGGCGAAGAGCCAGAGCGCACCUGACGUGGCUCUGAAACGCAACCUUCCUGAGAAAACCUUCAGCAGAGCCUCUAAACUGUUGUCCCAUCAGAAGAGCCCCGCGGGUGAAAAGCCGUACUCCUGUAAAAGCUGUCAGAAGGUGUUCCGAGAGAAGCACAACCUGCUGGUCCACAUGUGGACGCACACGGGCGAAAAGCCCUUCUCCUGCAAAACGUGCGGCCGACACUUCCGCUUCAAGAGCAGCUUCCUGAUCCACAGCAGGACCCACUCCGGCGAGAGGCCGUACUCCUGCGGCACCUGUGGAAAAACGUUCUCCUGUCAGUCGGCCAUGAAGAAGCACGCGCUGAUCCACUCCGGCGAGAAGCCGCAUUCCUGCAGGACCUGCGAGAGCGGCUUCAGCAGCCGCAGCGGCCUGCUGCGCCACAUGAAGGUCCACGCCGCCGACCGGCCGCACCUCUGCCAGAUCUGCGGCAAAGGCUUCACCAACGGCAGCCGCCUCCGCAAGCACGCCAUGACGCACACAGACGAGAAGCCGCACGCCUGCGCCACCUGCGGCGUGCGCUUCAGGCACAGCUCCAAUCUGGCGCAGCACGUCAGGAAGCACACAGACGACAGGCCGCACUUCUGCAGAACCUGCGGGAGGACCUUCUCCAAGAAGUCUGCGCUGAACAAGCACGCGCUUGUCCACACGGGAGUGAGGCCGCAUGGGUGCGACGCCUGUGGCAAACGCUACUUCAGGAGGGAUCACCUGAGGCGACACAUGAAGGUCCACACGGGACAAACUGCCGCCGCGAGACGCCGGCAGGAAGGAAGCGGUGUGGUGGCAGAAAACGGUUCUUCAGGCCUUAAUGCCGCGCUCCAGCUCUAACAGUCCAGCGGCUUAUUUUCAGUUUCGUUUAAAAGUUUAAAAGUCAGGACUUUCAGCACUGAUGAAUGGAUGGAGUCUUAAACUGGACAUUAUGUUCUGAAUCUGAAUCCUGGAUGUUCUGAGAACUUCUGGGCCAGUUUGAUUCUACUUCUUGGCUUGUGUUCCUCAUCUCUGAAUAUUUUCCUUUCUAUUGGAGGUCUGGGCCUUUUUAAUGGCACGGCUCAUCGUGAUGAAUUUCUUCCUAAAAUGAGCAGAAAUGAGCUAUUUUCAUUUUAAUCUGUUAGAAUCAAUGUUUUCUUAUGAAUAAAGCAGCUCACAUGUUUUUUGUCCUGGGAUCUGAGUGUGAGCACGAGUUACUGCUUAUUGUUCACCUGAAUUGUUGUAAAUGUUCCUGCUGAAGCAGAGAAAUUGUCUGGAGUUUUCCUAAUUCUAUUUUUGGGGAUUAUUUAGAAGUCAUUAUUUUUCUUGGCAGUUUGUUUAGAGAUGUAUUUAGAAUUAUGUUAAGUUUUUUUUGUUUU